AUGGGGGUUGUGAACGGUGGUAAGAUGAAGUGCGAUGAUGAUGAAGGUGGCCUGUUUGAUGGUAGUGAAGGUUAUGUGACAACAAAGUUUACUGAUGGUGUUGUGAUGUUCGAUAUUCGGGUUUCUAAAGGAGAUAUGCAAGAGAAGAGAAAGGCAGAGGUGUUUAGCAGCGACUGUAAUGGUCUCAGUGGUCAAGGUGUGGUGGGUAACUGCGUCGAAUAUGGGAGGAAUUUUAGAGUAUUUAAUAGAGAGGGAGAGAGUUCAAGGAGAGAAGAGAUGGCGACUCAUCUAGGGUUAUUCUACAAGGAAGGGCUAUAG